AAGCACCCUAGAGCGAAAAAUAGUAGAAUCUCCAAUCACUUUGGAGAUAAAAAAGGUUCUUACUUCUUGUGUGCUCAAAUCAAUAUCACUCUCUAGUAGCACAAGUCAAAGUCAAUACAACCACAACAACAAGCUUCAAAUCUCCUUGCAAUGGAGUCACACGACCACGGUCAUCAUCAUCAUCACGAUCACGAGCAUGGCCACAAGAAAUCGGACGGCGGCGAUGGGGAGAUGUCGUGGGUGGGACCGGACGGGAAGGUGUACCAUAGCCACGAUGGACUCGCACCGCACUCACACGAACCCAUCUACUCCCCUGGCUACUUCAGCCGCCGAGCUCCACCGCUUCACGACCGUAACUUCUCCGAGAGAGCUUUUACCGUCGGUAUUGGCGGUCCCGUUGGCACAGGGAAAACAGCAUUGAUGCUUGCUCUCUGUAGAUUCUUGAGGGACAAAUAUAGUCUUGCUGCUGUGACAAAUGAUAUAUUCACCAAAGAAGACGGCGAGUUUCUGGUGAAGAAUGGUGCUCUUCCUGAGGAAAGGAUUAGGGCUGUUGAAACCGGUGGAUGUCCACACGCUGCGAUCCGUGAAGAUAUCAGUAUCAAUUUGGGUCCUCUUGAGGAGUUACAUAACUUAUUCAAGGCUGAUUUGCUUCUUUGUGAAUCCGGUGGAGAUAAUUUAGCUGCUAAUUUCAGCAGAGAACUAGCUGACUACAUCAUCUACAUCAUCGAUGUAUCGGCUGGUGAUAAAAUACCCCGGAAAGGCGGCCCUGGAAUCACUCAAGCUGAUCUUCUGGUGAUAAACAAAACAGACCUCGCAGCAGCUGUUGGGGCCGACUUAUCUGUCAUGGAACGGGAUGCACUACGCAUGCGUGAUGGAGGGCCAUUCGUCUUUGCUCAGGUGAAGCAUGGACUUGGGGUCGAGGAAAUCGUGAACCAUGUCUUGCACUCAUGGGAACAAGCGACCGGGAACAAGCGCCAUUAAUGGGUUCUUAAGACCCAAAAAUGGAGAAGAGAUAAAAAUGAAUGAAACUCUCUCAAUGCUUACCUUGAACUCAGUUUAUGAACAAAAGCUUAUGCACAUCUGUUUGUUUGUUGUACUCAAGACAUAAGAGAAAUAAGUUUUCAAAUAGAGCAUGAGACUCGUUACAUU